AUGCAUGCAAAUAACUUCGCAACUUUAGUAAAUACAGCAGUUUCUACAAAAGAAAUGAUUCAUAGAUUAUACAAGGCCAUUAUUCCUCAUUCUAACAAAAAAAAUAUUGAGCUAGAUUUUGUAUGUUGUGAUAACUGCCUGCAAACCUUACAAUUUUUACUAGAUGGUGGUGUUGAUGAAAGAUAUGAUUACAUUUCAUCAUCAACAAUUGAUUUAGACCAAGAAGAUAAUUCAUCAUCACCUUCACAAAUAACAUGUAUGAAUGAAAAUUAUAUUAAUCAUGAUCUACAAACUGCUGACCUUGAAAAUACUCUUAAUGAUGAUUUAUUUGCAGAAAUUGGGUAUGCAUAUCAAGAACAACUUAAUUGUAUUGAACAUCUUGCAUCACAGAAAGUAAAAUACUUUAAAAGUAUUAGUUAUACCAUAAUUGAUGAUGAUGAUUGGAUUGAUGUAAAUCUUCAUGUUGGUGAUAUUAUUGAUGUUCUGGAGGAUAUAUCAAAUAAUGAAAAUACUGGAAUAAAAAUGAUUAUUUCAUAUGCGUGA